AUUUGUCUAGAUUUUCUAGAUUUUUUAAUUCGUCUACGUGUGCAUACUUCAUAUAUGUGCUGAUGAAAUACAUGAAGAUACCAAAGGAAAUUAUUAAUUAAGAGAUUUUAAUUAACAAUCAUAUUUUAUUAUUUUAAACUAAAGACUAGAGCAUGGAAUUGGAGUGCGCAGUUCAAAAUUAUGACUGGGGUAAGAAAGGGAUGACGAGCAGCGUCGCUCAGCUCAUAAAAUCAUCAUCCCCGGAGGUAAAAAUCGAUGACGAUAAACCAUAUGCUGAAUUAUGGAUGGGAACACACCCAAAUGGCCCGUCAUUUAUAAAGACUACCAAAGAAUCAUUAGCGGAGUUCAUCGCCAAAGAAUCCAAUAGUCACAUUCUGGGUGAUAGAGUCAAAGAAAUAUUUGGCAACACUCUACCAUUUUUAUUUAAAGUUUUAUCAGUUGAUAAAGCUCUUUCUAUUCAAGCUCACCCAGCCAAAGAACACGCUGCCGAAUUGCAUAAAUUAUUUCCCACUAUUUAUAAAGAUCCUAAUCAUAAACCGGAACUCGCAAUUGCUUUGACACCUUUCCAAGCUUUAUGCGGUUUUCGACCCACGCAGGAGAUCUGCUAUCAUUUUAAAUCAAUUCCCGAGCUUGUUGCACUUUGCGGAGACCAGGAUGUGGUAAAUGACUUUUUAAAUCACUGCCAAGAUAAUAAUGAUGAUGCCAAAACUCAUUUAAAAAAAUGUUUUAAAGCUCUGUUGACUUAUGCGACUACUGAUGGAAAUUCGAAUAUCGUUGCUCAACAAUUGUCUAAUUUUAUAAAUCGAUUAUCUCAAAUGGAUAACGACAGUAGAGAAAAAUUGAAUGGAAGUCUUUUCGAGAGGCUGCACAAAGAUUUUCCAGGUGACAUCGGAUGCUUUGGAAUAUAUUUUUUCAACUACAUAACACUAGAACCUGGAGAAGCACUUUAUCUUGGCCCGAAUGUUCCUCACGCGUAUCUAUUUGGUGACUGCAUCGAGUGCAUGGCAUGCUCGGAUAAUGUCGUACGUGCUGGACUUACUCCGAAAUUCAAAGACGUGCCGACACUAAUUGAAAUGCUGUCGUACGAAAGUCAGUCAUCCUAUAAAUUUGAACCAAAACGACUGAAUGAAUUUACUGAGACAUUCAAACCGCCUAUCAAAGAUUUUGCUGUUAACAAAAUUGAAGUGACCGGAAGUUGCAAUUUCAUUCCCGUUAACUCGGCAUCUAUUUUGAUAAUUAUCCAAGGGUCUGCAAAAAUUACUGAUAAAGUUUAUAAACGUGGAUCCGUAUUAUUCAUCGCUGCCAAUGUUGAGUUGACGGUGACAAAUUUAGAUGAAGAUAAAACAUUAAUUUUCCAAGCAUGUGCCAACGUCUAA